AUGACCGAAGAACCAGCUGCCCGAGGCUGUGGUCAACAUGAGCAAUUGGGGAACCUUUCAUGUACACGCGAGAGUUCGAAUGCGAUCAACGACGAGCGCAGUAUGCGUCAGGUCCCCAAGAUGCUGACGUAUCCCGUCACAAUCGGCAGCAUUCUCCAUGAGCUCAGUCCGUACAGCCUGGGCAAGGGAGGCCGGUUGACAGGCGAGGGUAUCCGAAGUUUGAGCGCACUCCGUUACACCCUUCAUCCUCCCAAGAACGGCAAGGGUAUUGAUAUCAAGAACCUCCGACCCGAGGCGCCCCCCGUGCGUGUCUUCUGCCUGGGUGCCCGCGCCGAGUCCUCGCUGCCGAGGAACGUCUGGGUGCAGCUGGCGCACCUCUUCCCCGACAGCAAGAUCCACCUCAUCUUCAUCGGACCCGAGAGCAUGGCGAACCGCGACGACGAAUUCCCGUUGCCUGAGCGCACGGCGUCCAACCCCUUCGGCAUGGUGGUCGAGGACCGGGUGUCGUCCAAGAUGAAGAUUAGCACCAUUGUUGACUACUACCACACGCUGCACACGGCGCAGUACUUUGCGCCGUAUGAUCCUUACUUCGACUGCUUCGUCCUGUUCCACCCGGGUCUGGGCCACCCGGCGAGUAGCCACGAGUGGACGGAGACACUCCCGCAGCUGCUGGAGACCAAGGUGCCCAUCAUCGCGACGGGCUACACACAAUUCGACAUGGAGAGGGACAUUGAGUGGGUCCGCAAGACAGCAGCCGGCGAGUUUGAUAUCCUCCUGGAGCCGGGCGAGAACCUCUUCAGGAGUCUGAGGUGGGAUAUCAACGACCUCGACCCGCAAGAUAUCAGCUGUGGCAACUGGGGCGUCUGGGCGUUCCGCGGUAAACGCUACGAGACAACCAUGAAGGAGUAG